AAAGGCAAUUUGGGGUCCUAAAACCCUAAACCCUUAAACGCUGAAAUUCUCAACUAUUGUUCCUCACAUUGGCGUCACAAAGCAGUGAAAACCUCAGAGAAUCGACUAUGCCAAAACUACCAGACCACCUCGAGCUCAAGCGCACUCGCGUCUCCUGCAAACUCGACGCUCCUAAUGACACUGAAUCAGUUCUAUACUCUGGAGCAUACGCUUCAAUGGGCGUUGAUAAUUCGAGUUUGGAGAGCUUUUUCAAGGAAUUCAAUGUCGUAGUUAAUCGUCUUAGUGAAGAUGAUAUUGAAUUUGAUAUGAUUGGUAUUGAUGCUGCUUUGGCUAAUGCUUUUCGUCGAAUUCUAAUCUCCGAGGUUCCCACAAUGGCCUUUGAGAAGGUUUUUAUAGCAAAAAACACAUCAGUGGUUCAGGAUGAGGUUCUUGCACACAGAUUGGGGCUUAUUCCCUUGAGAGUUGAUCCAAGGAUGUUUUCUUAUAAGUCAGAAAAGGAUGAACCAAAUGAGAAAAAUACCAUUGUUUUUGGACUUCAUGCUCAGUGUAACCGAGGUGAACCACGGCGUUCAGUCAAGUCAGAAGAACUGAAGUGGCUGCCAAAUGGGAGUAUGUUCUUGUUGGAGAUAGAAAAUAAAGCGUCAAGUUCAACUACAGCACCCAGAACUUAUACUAAUUUUAAGUCUAGCCAGGAAAUGCAACCUGAACUAUCUGAAAAUCCAAUUCAUCCUAAGCAUCCUGAUAUCACUAUUGCUAGAAUUGGGCCAGGACAGGAAAUCGAACUUGAAGCACAUGCUGUCAAAGGUGUUGGCAAAGAACACGCAAAGUGGUCUCCAGUUGCCACUGCUUGGUACCGGAUGCUUCCUGAGGUUGUUCUCUUGCAAGAUAUUUGUGACGAGGAGGCAGAAAAGCUGGUUGAAAAAUGUCCAGCUAAUGUUUUUGACAUAGAAGACACUCCAACUGGUAAAAAAGCAACAGCCCCACGACCAAGGGCCUGCACCCUUUGCAGAGAAUGCAUUCGAGAGGAAGGAUGGGACGAAAAGAUUGCCCUGCGACGGAAGAAAGACCAUUUUAUAUUCACUGUUGAAUCAACCGGAGCAUUGCCUCCUGAGGUGUUAUUUACUGAAGCUGUGAAGAUCUUAGAAGACAAGUGUGAGCGUAUCAUAACCGAACUGUCAUAAUAUCACUUCUUGCAUUCGUGAAUCAGAUAAUUCGCUGCAAAACAUAUGAUUAUUAAGCCGGAUCAUUAACUUAACCCCAUUGAGGAGUCUUCGAGGACAAAUCCAACCCUAGAAUCUCUCCUGAGUGUUUCAGAAAAGGCGAGAAUUAGCUGGUGGAAAGGGGGUUAUAUGGUGGUUGUAUAGUAUUUCUCAGCCAAAUUCGUUUCAAUCAUCAACCAAAAAGACAAUUGGGGAGUUUCAUGGCAAGUGUUUUGGGUUGAUUUUGUGUGGCUUUGUUCUGGUCAAGACAAGAUCUUGUUCUUUAGUCCUUACACAUGUAAAAUAGGAAGAUUAUUGAUGUGAAACCAGUUAAGGACAACACUUGCAUUUUUUUGGGAAUUUCAAUUUCAAUUUCACCUGCAUAAUUCAGUUAAGAUGUGUUGAAGCUCGUAAGUUAACCUUAUUAAGAGUUCGUCUUUGUUUUACAUUUAAAA